GGUGACAUAUAGGUAUUGAUGGAAUUAGAUAGUAAAAUUCAUAAGUUCAUAGUUGUAUUCUUUCAUAAUUUUGUGGGGGAUGGGAGAGAUAGGAUGCAAUAACACAUAAUUGGUUGUGUGUAGUAUAGAGAUUUGAGUGCGAGACGGUAUGAGGAUGUGAGUGAGACCCAUCCUAAUGCAUCCCCGCGCACUUUAAAUGUGAAUAUUAUUUAUUCGUCACAUACCGAAUUAAUAUAAGAAUCUCGCAUAUUAACUGGGUCGAGAACUGUCACAAUUACAAAUAAAAUUGACAUCUCAAAUCGUAUUCAUAAAACUUAUUUUGUUUUUCAUUUAUUCAACUUAAUCUAUUCUCGUUCGUUUUUCUCCCUUCUUUUUAAUAAUCCAGACAUUCAAAGGAAUCCAAUCAAAUAAAUCAUAGAGAAAUCAUUAAUGUAUUGAUUGAAUAGUACUCUUGUUCUCUCUAUUAUGAUUCUUUUACGGCUUCUUACUAUUAUGGAACUGAAUCGAUUAAACAUACAAAGUUAGUAAAGUAAUUAAUUAAGGAAAAAAGAUAGGCGACCGUUUCCAAGAAUCUCCUCCUAUCUCUCUGCUCUCUUUUUUUUUUUUUUUUUUUGUCUUUCUCUAAACUUCUUCUCCUUCCUCCUUCUUCCUAAUUAGUUCCUUCGUUUAUUAAUUAACAAAAUUCCCCUUAAUACUUAUCGAUCACAGUUCCCAGCUCCCCCGCCUCCUUCACCCUUUCCGCCUUGUAAGCCUCGCUCAAUCUCUCUCUACGUGAUUUGGUGUCGUGUGUUUUUUUCACACCUGAAUUUUGUGGAUUAGUUAAUUCUUGUAUAAAAAUUCUUCUGUUUCAAGAACAAUUAUUAUUAUUAUGAUUGUUGAUUUUGAUUCUUUUUGUCGCCAUUGGGGGUUCCGGUUGCAGGAAGGAAAAAGAUUAAUGAUGUAUUUGAUUGACGACAGUUCUUUUCUUUCCCAUUCUGGUUCAGUUUGAUGCCGCGAUUCUGGGCGUCAGCAAGAAGGUAUUUCGUUCAAAGUUUGGAUUUUUAAUUGUGUUCGUGUGAUACUGUGGCAAAGGCUUUGUUUGGUCGCUGAGAAAGCGCAGGAAAAUGUGGGAGGUAGAGAACUUGUCAUGAGUUUGUGUAUGAUCGUGUGGGAGUCUUUUGAUUUUUUGUUGGUUGUCUCUGGAAAGUGAAUUUGAGUCUGAAUUGUGUGCUCAUUGUCCAACUUUUGCUGCCUUUUCACUGAGUGACUGUUGUCCAACUUCCAACUUAAAUAACUUCUGCUGGCAUGAAUUUGGGGCUUCACUUUCUAGAGGGUUUGUGAAGAUUAGAGUGAUCUUCAGAGAUGGUAGUGUGUUAUGGUUCCUGGGUUCUUGUAUUUUUUUCCUUCCAACCGUAAAUAAAUCCUUUUGCAUGAAUUAAGGUGUUUUCCUAUUGAAAAAUCUUGGUUUCUAUGGUCCCGUUAUAAGCUCUUGGUUUUCUUGCUGUUCAGCCAUUAAUUACAGGUACCUAAAACCAUUGAUUGCUGGGGAUGGCCAGUGGGAGCAACAUAGAUAUGUUGCCAAGCUUGGAUGAUCGUCUGCAAGACCCCAAUGUGAGUUUGGAACACAGAUUACAGAGUGAGCUAGACCUCAUGCUUCGAGCUCAGCGGAAUAAUCAACGCAUGGUUGAUCGAGAGAGGGAUCUUAAUAUAUAUAGGAGCGGUAGUGCACCACCGACGGUUGAGGGAUCGUUACGAGCUGUGGGGAGUCUGUUUCAGAACUCCAAUAUUAAUGGCAUUAAUAAUAAUGGUUUUGGCAACAGUAGCAGCAGUACUAAUAAUGUGCUGAUGACAGAAGAUGAGAUCAGGUUACACCCAGCCUAUCUUUCAUACUAUUAUUCUAAUGACAACAUAAAUCCUAGACUACCUCCUCCCUUGUUAUCGAAAGAGGAUUGGCGUGUUGCACAACGGUUUCAGGCUGGUGGAUCUUCCUUUGGAGGCAUUGGAGACUUGAGGAAGAAAAGGCUGGAUGAUGAUGGGGAUAGUUCAUCUUUGUUCUCUAUGCAGCCAGGACUUUCUGCACAGAAUGCUGAGAAGGAAUUAAUGGAACUAAGAAAUGCUAGUAGAACCAAUUUCACCAGACAAGCUUUGGGUGUAUGGCCAGACAACAACUCAGAUGGUCUAAUCGGAUUGCAGGGCUCUGGGAUUGGGACAAGGAGGAAAAGCUUUGCUGACAUUCUGCAGGAAGGACUUGAUCAGUCGCCUUCCAUGUCAGGCCAUUUGUCACGACCUGCAAGUCAUAAUGCUUUUGGCGACCUUGUCAAUACGACCGUGUUAUCUAAUUCCACUGGGUUGGCAAAUGGAAUGGAGUCGAUAGACGGUAGGAAAGCAGGAACACCUCCUCCUGGAUUUGGUGGGCUCCAGAGCCCUGCUACUAGUGUUUCUCAUUCUUUUUCACCUGCUGUGGGUGCAUCAUUAUCAAGAAGCACAACCCCAGAACAGAAGCUGUUGGUUGGGAGACCCCCAACUCCUGGUCUUCCUCCUGCAGGAAGCAGAGUUAACCCUGUUGAGAAGAAUAUUUCUGCUGUUGGUUCAAGUCUGCCAAACGGCCAUUCGACUGGCUUGAGUGAUUUGGGUGAAAUUACAGCUGCGCUAUCUGGUUUAGGCCUUGCACAUUCCAAACAUACAGAUCAAGAUAGUGUUUUACAAGGCCGGGCUCAACUUGAUAGGCAAACAGGAGAUAUGCUUCACAAAAUUUCCAAUGGUCAAAAUCGAAGUUUACAGCAUCCUGAGAAUUUCCCAUUAUCUUCUGACUAUAUUAAUCUGGCUAGUAAAAUAGGAGUUCUCUCAAAUUUCGAUGGUUCUUUUGUAAACUCAAAUGGAGAAGUUCGCAUUCCUAAAAGAACUUCUUCCUCUGCAAAUCUGCACUCAAAUGUAAGUUCCUCAGGUCUUGGAAGCUUGGAAGGUGCAGAUAUUCGACAUCAGAAUAUGAACAUUCCAAGUUCAGCUCUAGAUGGUAGUACAAUUGCACAGAGUUUGAAUAGACUGGGGAGUCAAGUAGGGUCUGAUCUUCAUUCUCCAUCUACAGAUAUGCAUUAUGCUCAGUACUUGCGUAGGUUGCCGGAUUAUUCAAACCAUACAUCAGCUGGUUCAAGUGGUCCUCAGUUUAGAAAUUAUUUAGGCACUUCACACGGUGACCUUACUGAUAUUCAGAAAGCAUACCUUGAGCUGAUGCUUGCUCAACAGAAGCAAGAAUAUGAUCUGCCACUUUCUCGUAAGGCUGGCACUUCGAAUCAAGCAUACUAUAGGAAUCCAGCAUAUGGUCUCGGUCUACCAUAUCCUGCGAACUCAAUGGGGAAUUCUGUUCUUCCUUCUCUUGCAUCAGGAAAUCUUCACAAUGAGCGAGUUGCGCACUUUGCUUCCAUGAUGAGAAACUCAAUGGGAGGUUCUAUAGGUUCAUGGCAUUCUGAUAUUGGUGGGACUGGUGAAAGGAGAUACAGCUCAUCAUUACUUGACGAGUUUAAGAACAACAAGACCAGGUCCUUUGAACUCUUAGAUAUUGUGGGUCACGUUGUCGAAUUCAGUACGGAUCAGUAUGGCAGCCGGUUCAUUCAGCAGAAACUAGAAACUGCUACAACUGAAGAGAAGAACAAGAUAUUCCCUGAAAUCAUCCCUCAUGCUCGUACCUUAAUGACGGAUGUCUUCGGGAAUUAUGUUAUUCAGAAAUUCUUUGAGCAUGGAACUGAAGGCCAAAGGAUGGAGUUGGCUAGCCAGCUUACUGGUCAUGUCUUACCUCUCAGCCUCCAGAUGUAUGGAUGCAGGGUAAUCCAGAAGGCCUUGGAAGUGGUUGACAUGGGUCAGCAGACUGAAAUGGUGGCAGAGCUGGAUGGUUCAAUCAUGAAAUGUGUUCGAGAUCAGAAUGGUAAUCAUGUUAUCCAGAAGUGUAUAGAGUGUGUCCCUGAAGAUAAAAUUCAGUUUAUCAUCUCUUCAUUUUAUGGACAAGUUGUGGUGCUUUCAACUCAUCCUUAUGGCUGUCGUGUGAUUCAGCGGGUAUUGGAGCACUGUAAGGACGAAAAAACGCAGCAAGUUAUUAUGGACGAAGUCAUGCAAUCAGUAUGCACCUUAGCACAAGAUCAAUAUGGAAAUUAUGUUAUUCAGCACGUCCUUGAGCAUGGUAAACCACAUGAAAGAUCGGCCAUCAUCAGCAAGCUUGCAGGACAAAUCGUUAAAAUGAGUCAACAGAAAUUUGCUUCGAACGUAGUGGAAAAGUGCUUAACUUUUGGCGGUCCUGAGGAGCGCCAAAUUUUGGUGAAUGAGAUGCUUGGUUCAACCGAUGAAAACGAGCCUUUGCAGGCCAUGAUGAAAGACCCAUUUGGGAACUACGUGGUCCAAAAGGUUCUAGAGACGUGCGACGAUCAGAGCCUCGAGUUAAUUCUCUCUCGAAUCAAGGUCCAUUUGAACGCCUUGAAGAGGUACACAUACGGCAAACACAUUGUUUCCCGUGUUGAGAAGCUCAUCACAACUGGAGAGAGGCGCAUAGGAUUAUCAGCGUCAGUCUCCACAUAACAACUCGCUGUGGCAAUCUGGAGAAGGCAACUAAUAGCAAUAACACAAAUUUCUUCGCCCGCCCACCACCACCAGUACUGCUUAAAUAAGAUCGGAGAACUGGAAGGCACAGCACAUCUGUACAGUACAGCAGCUAACAUGGGAAGUGAUCGAUUUUUCUCGAUGUCACAUAUAUCAUCAUCGUCGUCAUAUAUAAUGAUGUCACAUAUAUCAUUAUGUUGGUAAUUUUUUCCGGCUACAUAGAAGACAUUUGUAAAUAAGAGAGAUGGCAGUUUUAGCAGGGGCUCGGCAUAAUAAAAAUCGAAAGGAUGCCUUUCCAUUGGAAAUAAUCUUUACCACAGUGUAUAUUCUUGAGCUCCUGAACAGAGGAUCUUGAUUCAUGAUGGAGAUAGAAUGGAUAUGGAGAGCUUGAGAAAUGGGAGAGAGGGGCAGGCAGGUUUCUUCAGAAGGUAUAUAGUGAGUUGAGACAUCCUCAUCCCCCAGAAGACAUUCUAUUUAUAGUAGUUUGAGGUAGCAUUUUAUUUGCAAGGUUGAGUUAUUUUAUGGGUGUUGUCUCUUUCAUUUAAUUUUUAUAGGAAGCUAAGCAGUUAUUAAGGUAAGCUCCAUAUUAAGAUUUGAGUAAGGUUAAAAUAUGGCAAAGCAAGAGUGGCACCUGAUAGAUUCGAGACAGUUUAAGACGUUUAAUUGAUGCUUAGUUAUCGGGAAUACUAGAAUUUCAUAGGCUAUAUACAGUCAGGAAUAUUUCUCGAAGCAUCCCUCCAUUUUUACUCCUACUUCUCACUAGCAACUCGUUAGACAUUCUAUCCUGCUCCUAUCGUUAUCUAACAAGCAAAACACCGAUAUCUCACACUACUCAAUGCCGAAACUCGGAACCUUGGGCUCCCACUAAUUUUCCCCAGACUCGUGAGGGAGAGUCUAUGCAUGCAUGCCAGCCAUCUCAAGCUUAAACACGGGUGUUCCAGAUAUAUCAAGUCAUCUAGAAUAACACUGACCAAUUCGAGGUUAACUCAAACCUCUAUAGAGCUCAUACAAAUUAUCAGGACUAGUUCAGUGUGCAAACGCUGCUAAAAAAAAUGACGGAGACAAACGUAAAAACCAAUAGAUCGUUAAGCAACAUGUAGGAAUCAUUGUUUGUCACCAUCAUAAUAUGUGAUUUUGUAAAAGAGGAUAUCCUCGCUCCAAGUCAUGCCUACAGAAAACUGCAUGGCAUGCUCCUUGUCGUGUUUUAUUAAUUAACUAAACUUUAAUAAACCCUUUGAAGGAAGAAUGGUAUGACGUGCACAUGGACGACGAUGAUCCGAAAUCUUCCACCUAAUCCUCUUCUUCACGAAUGGGUCCAAAGAAGGAAACUUUACAUUAAACUAAACCAUUUAUCGCAUUGCCCCCUUUUUUGAAUACAGACGUCAGAAGUCCGAUGGUCAAGGCAACGGAAUUAAUUAAGAAAUUCCCCGCUCCAAGUUUCAACAAUCGGAACACUGUACCGCCGACAACAAUAGGUCGGCGCAGGGAACAUUGUCAUUUUCCCGGGAACAGGAGCCGCCGCCGGCGAUGCCCUGACGACGUUGGUUCAGAUAAACUGGCCCCACCACCACGGGCGGUGUCGACAACGCCGCGUGCCACGCAAUAAAGCGGCACGUUCAGG